AGCAGUGAUGGAGGGUUCCCUUUUCUCCACACCCUCUCCAGCAUUUAUCAUUCGUGGACUUUUGAAUGAUGGCCAUUCUGACUGGUGUUCCCAAAGAUUUUUAGUUCAGUACUUCAAACUUUUUACAUGAACUUUUAAAAAUGAAAAAAUUUAAACAUAUUUAAAAAUAGAGUAAAUAGUACAUUCAACCCCUGUGUACUAACCCUAACCCUCACCUUACCUGGAUGGUGGGAUUUAAUAGUUACCAAGAUUUUGCCCCAGUUACUCCAUAUAAUCCCCCAUUUCCUUUUUCUUUGCUGAAGUAUUUAAAAGCAAAUCCCAGAUAGCAUGUCAUUUUACCCCUGCAUCCUUCAGUAAACAUCUCUAGAAAGUAUGGUCAUUUUUUGGGGUAAUCCAGAAUGCUAUCAUCACACCUAACAAAAUAAAACAUGAUUUCUUAGUAUCACCUAAUACCUGGGAAAAUCAAACUGCUCUGAAUGUCAAGAAUGUCUUUUUUUUUUAAAUUUUUUUUGGGGAGAGGUAAUUAGAUUGAUUGAUUUUAACAGAAGUUCUAGGUAUUGAACCCAGGACCUCGUGCAUGCUAAGCAUGCACUCUGCUGCUGAGCUACCCCCUCCCAGCCAAGAAUGUCUUUGGACGUAAUUUUGUUCUAAUCAGGAUCCACAUGAAGUUCACUCAUCACAUCUGGUUGUUGUCUCUCUCUAAUCUUUCAGUUUGGUACAAGCAAGCGCCCCAUCCCCCUACCCUGUCCACGCCAACUUCCCCUUUCUCUCCAUGUCUUUGAUUUAUUGUAAAAACUGGGUCAUGUUGAAUAUUCUGAAUUCAUUUGUUUGCUUCCAUGUGGUGUUAUUUAGCUUGUUUCACUGUACCCUGGACAUCUUUCCCCCUAUUUUGAAUGUGAAUCUGAGAGGCUAAACUAUUAACCUACACCACGGAGAGCACAGUGGAGAGAGUGGAUACGGUUUAUAGUUGAGACGGUGAAGACCUGAGAACACAGCUGUUAAUUAACAUCUCAGUGAAGGUGUGACAAAUGGGCAACAUUAAGGGGCAUCACAUCUGCUGGAACUCAUGAACUUAACUGUAGAGAAUCAAAGAUCCCAUAUCAGAAGUCUGUGGAAAUACUCCCUGUGGUAAUUCCAACAAAAUGAAUCCCCAGACUUGCUUUAAGUAACUCAUUUCAGCUUAAAAGAGACAUUGUCAAAAUUGGAGGCUCCCAAGUUUUCUUCUGUUCCAUGGCUUUGUGUGAUGACAGUGGUUUCUCUGAUGUGGUAACCUUUGAUUUCCCUCCUUUUUCUUUCUAAAUGACCGCUGGAGUAGAGGGGAGUUAAGUAGGCAUGACCUUUGACGCUUUGCAUGACCUCUGUAGAUAAUAAUUCAAGGCUAGCAUGUUUGACAGUGUUGUUUUCUAAAGUGAAGUUAAUGAAAGUUCUGAAAAUACUAUGUACUUUCUGACAUGUAUAAUGCAUGUGGACACAGAGCUGACCUCUGUUAGUGUUGAAGUAUUGGACUACUAGUGUUAGUGUGGAGUAGUCUAUACUUUCUAAUCCAGCAUCCAAAAAUAUCCUAGUUGAACUCGGUAACUUCUAGUUUUAUAAAGUUUCCUGCAGAACAGCCAGAAAUGGAAUGGGUUUAGCUAUGAUACGUGAACUUUGUCUUUCAAUUCCAGUUACACAUGGAACUUGGCCGGAAGACUUGAAUCACCAAGGUGCCGUGCCUGCUGACUGCUGACUGUCCUCAGCUGUGUGCUGCUGAGUUGGCGCUGCCCGUGUCGGGCUGAGUGUGAGCUGCUGCUGGAAGGACAGAAGAGAUGGCCCUUUAGCUUCUCAUCUCAGGAUGCCCGCCCUGCCCACCUAUCCUUAAGGAGAUAGGGAUGAUUUCAGUAGGGCUGAAUUAGUGCGUCACCUCUGAUGCCACCCACCAGCUGGAGUCCUGGUCCCAGACUAGAUGUUUUCGUCAGUGACUUCAGAAACCAUGUUCAGCUGUGGUUGGCUGCGCUGGUGUAGUCCACCAAGAGCAACUGGGCUCUUUUUGACUGCUUCCACCUGGCCAUCUUUCCUCACCUGUCCAAGCCACCAAGAAGGAGUUUUUUACAUCCUUAAUCUCUUAUUCAUUUCUCCCCAAAGGCAUGCUUUGGUGCUUAAAGAGGGGAAGGACAGAUGUGUACCGUUGGGGUUCCUGGAAAUCAAAUCCUGCUAGGCUCAGCUACUUGAGUGAGUGUAAGGGCCCCUGAGCCAUUCAUUUGUAUAUUCACCUAGCACACAUUCACUGAGAUCCUUGUCUGCCCCAGCAGGAUUAGGCACAUUGAUGUAUCGGGGCAGGUGGAAACAGAGAUGGAGAACUGAUUCAGGCUGUCCCAAGCAGCUGCUCCAGGAGGCCACUGUGGGCAUAUUGGGCAGGAGCCCAGAAAGCGUUAGGGGGCAUACAGCCCCAAGGGAGGCAGUGGGAGGCAUGGGAGGAGCUUGAUCCCAGAGGGAGAGAAUGUAGAAUGAGAAGAUGAGGCCAAAGUUUGAAUCUAGGGGAUGUUCAUCAAAAAGUUUUUUAAAGCUUUGCUGUUGAUGAAUUUAAGUGGAGAAAUUGAGUAUAAUAUAAGAUGUAAUUUCCCAGGUCAGCAUACUGCUUACCCACGAGAGUAUUUCCUUACCCGAAAUGGUCGCAUAUGCUUAUUUUAGAAUUCUGGGCACAGUGGAGGUGGUGAGGUGGUCAUCACCUUUUAUUAUGGCCUAAGAAAUUAAGUUUUGAGGAAUUUGAACAACUUAGCCACUAAACAUUUAAUUCAACCCAGGACUAUCCAGAAGUCUGUUUGGAUUUGCCUUGGAAGCCAAAGGGGCUUGGAGAAGUAGAAUGAGGGGAAUAUAUUAGUUCCAAGAAUGGAACAGAGCAGAAGACCGUAUUCCUCUUGUACCUGAGACAUCUCUACCCAUGGCUAAUCCCUUAUACUCUGUUGGUGUGGUUCAUACAUGCACAUUCCACGCCCCUGGUUAGCCAGUGCUGGGCAUGAAUAUCUCUGCACCUCCUGUUUCUUGUGUUCUAGCCCCAAAUCCAUCAAAAUCUUUGUGUCCUUCCAGGGGUCUCCAGUGCCAUGCCCGGGAUGUGCACUCUUGCUCUUAAACUCCAGGGAACUUGGCUUUCCCCUCUUCUGUGACCCUUAACCUAUUCUAACACAUUAUUAAGGGGUUUUGUCUGUCGGAUAUGGGUGCUUCCUGAAGAAGGAGGGUCUGGCCCAGAGCUUCACAGUUAAUGGAGUGCUUGUAAGUCUUUUGCUGAACUGAGGUGCUUGGGCUCCUUGGGAAGAGAGGAUCCGUGGGCAGAUCAGCCAGGGACUCUCCCCUCCAGGGGCCUGCAGCCUAGUAACUAUUGGAACGCCCAAGAGUGACCUCACAAAGAGUGACCUCAAAGUGGACCCUGCUCUGCAGCCUCUUGGAAUCUAGAUGCCAAGGAAACUCCUAAGCAAGGGUUUUCUGUUGGAUGGUAAAAGCGAGGAAUAGAAAUUGAAAAUUUGGAAAAUGUCUCAACAGUUUCAUCACCAAAACGACACAAAAGUUAUUUCUAGCUCACUGUUAGAUAAUGCGUCACUGCUGUUCUGUGGGAGAUUCUGGAAAUUUCAGAGAAAAGAGUCUCAAUUUCAGGCAUUUGUGAAGAAGUUCUUAGCGAGUCGUGUCUUUAUGAUAAUUAUGAUUAGCACCAUCAUAAGUAAUGCCAUAGUUAUGAUCUUGUGGACUUAUCCAAAGUCAAGACUCCCCUUGUUCAGAUUUUUUGAGGCCUCAGAGUUCUUCUUUCUGGCAAUAUAUAUCUCCGAGUUCAUCAUCAAGCUCUACGCAGACCCCAUCGGCUUCUGGGAGGAUGGCUACAACCUGCUGGACGUGGUCAUUUUCUUCAUUGUCUUCAUCCCCCACAUUAUCCCCAAGAUCAUGGGCAUAUACUACCCCUACAUAAACAUUGCUCAAGGCAUUCAGUCCCUGCGCAUUCUUAAGAUUAUCACCUACAGCCGCGGCAUGAGGACCCUCAUCACCUCUGUGGGGCAGAUAGCCAGUAUCGUGGCUUCCGUGCUCAUCCUGUUCUUCGUCCUGAUGUACAUCUUCGCUAUCCUGGGCUUCUGCCUAUUUGGAGUUUCAGAGAGGGCUGACCUGGAUAACUGGGGGAACCUGGCUUUGGCCUUCUUUACCCUCUUCAGCUUGGCCACGGUUGAUGGCUGGACAGACCUGCAGGAGCAGCUGGAUGCCCGGAAUUUUCUUCUGAGCCGGGUGUUCACCAUCAUCUUCAUUUUGCUUGCCUCCUUCGUCUUCCUCAGUAUGUUUGUGGGAGUGAUGAUCAUUCACACUGAGAAUUCCAUGAAAAAGUUUGAGCGGGAGCUGACGCUGGAGAGACACACGAUUCUGAUGGAGGAGAAGCAGGCAAUUCUGAAGCGGCAGCAGGAGGAGGUCAGCCAGCUGAUGCAGACGCAGAAAAAUGUUGACUAUAGUUUUGCUGAGCUGGUGGAGAACUUCAAGAAGACCCUGCAGCACACUGACCCCAUGGUCUUGGACGAUUUUGGCACCAGCCUACCCUUCAUUGAUGUCUACUUGUCCACUCUGGACAACCAGGAUGCUACCAUCAGCAAGCUUCAGGAGCUGUACUACGAGAUGGUGCAUGUGCUGAGGCUGAUGCUUGAAGACUUGCCCCAGAAGGAGCAGUCGCAGUCCUCGGAGAAGGUGGAUGAUAAGUAG